CGGAGGGGAGGUAAAUAAACGUUUUAGCAGGUUGCCAAAAUCAGUGAUGCAAACAAAGCCUGAUAUAUCCUUGCUCCGAUUAGGAGCCGGGGGCUACUGCAUUUGGCUCUGACUGGGAGAUGCACGCAGCACUAAACUCUCCACAUGCAGCGUCUGGAGAAUGCGGACAAGUGCUCUGGGCAUGGUUGGGAUUAAAUGGACGGAUGUCCUUUGCAAUACCUGUUGAGGAGUGUGUGAACAUAUUUGAUCAUUUCGCGCGAUGUGUUUAAACGAUGCCGCACUGCUUUGCAAAUGUUCCACAAUUCAAGUAGAGGACUCUUUGCCUUUCUGCUGAUGCUGUUGGAGUGGACCAAACCAGGGCUAUCUAACCCCCUGCGUCCGAUCUGUGACCCGCGGGUCCUAAAACACUUCAUUGAAGAGGCCAGAGAUGCUGAGGCAGCCAUGCUGGCAUGUAAAGAAGGAUCUGGUCUUGCAGAGCCCGUCACUGUUCCCCAAACCAAAGUAGACUUCAACGUCUGGGAGAGGAAAAAUGCACUGGAGCAAGCUCAGGAGGUUCAGUCUGGCCUGUGGCUGUUAAACCAGGCCAUCGGCUCGCUACGAACCUCCGUCGCCAACACAGCGCUGCACAGCCACAUAGACAACAGCCUCAGAAACAUCUUCAGCAUCGGACAGGUGCUGCGCAGCCUCAACAUCCAGGAGUACACCCCUCCAGCAGGGGGAGUGGCUGGAGGUGGGGAGACAUGGCGGGUGUCGUCUGCUGCAGAGCUCCUCCAGGUCCACGUUAACUUCCUGCGAGGCAAGGUGCACCUCUUGCUGUCCAACGCACCCAUCUGCCACCAGGGUAGCAGCUGAUUAGGGCUUUCCAAGGCAGGGCUGAACUGAUUGGAGCUCCCUCUGGAAGGGGGGCGGGCUCUUACACGAUUGACCCUGCUUGUUGCCAGGUAGAAGUCUAAAAGAGGAGAGUGUGUGGACCAGAUCCUCACAGGAGAGAAUGAAGCUAUGUGGACAGAAUAGUUCCUAUUGGACCUUUAAAAGAACAAGAGCAGGUAGCACCUUGUGAAUAUUGACAUGAGGGAGGAAUGUGGUGAAGAAUUCAACAACGAAUGGGGCCCAUAUAAUGCACUGCUCUACGGCUCUUCAGUACUGUGUGUGUGUGUGUGUGUGUGCGCCUGUGUGUUUUAGCAUGAGUGUGUGCCUGUGUGUUUUAGCAUGGACUGUGAGUUCUCACCGCCAAGCACUGGACAAUCCACGUGGAUUGCACCUGAUGACACCUUGUUGGAGUUGUUCUGCACUGUACCUGACUGACAGCAUUGACAGCCUGUCAAAGUCCAGGGGGAGGAGGCCUAGCCUAUACCACAAACUCUUCAAACAUCACCGCCCGCCUCAUUCUUAACACACAACACUUUUCCAACUGCUGUUUAUUAGUGUCCUUAAAUGAAUUUUAUAUUGCUUUUGUAAUUACUUAUUUAUAGUUCUACAUUUAAGCUCAACUCACUGUCAUGGCGAAAGUAUUCUGAGAGAUAUACUGUAACUAUGAACUAGAGACCGCAGUUGGGCUCCAGCGGUUAAUCAUAAUCACUAUAUAACGCCACUGAACCAUGUUGUAAAGAUAUUUGUAUACGUCAAUAUCCAACUGUUCACUGCUGUCUGUUACCCUUCAUAGAAUAAAUGAUCUGUGUGUUUGUA